UAGUUUUUACAAGUGAAGUGUUCAGUAACUUAAAUCGUAAUAGUUAAGAAGUGAAACAUCCUAAUCCGGUGAAAAAUAACCAACACAAACGACUGCAGAGGACUACUAACAGUGGUUUUAUAUGAAACGCAUAAAGCAAAUGUAAAGUUUCAUCCAAUACUUGAUAGUUCAUAAUCCCUUAAAAAUGGCCGCCUCCGUGUACGCGACACCUCCGCCGGACUUCAGUGGUGAGGAAGCCGCCAUGAGUGACACUUCCAACUCGUCGCAGACCAACAGCUCGAUCAAUUCGGCGAUGAAAGCGUCGAAGCGGACGCUCUCCUCAGCAUUCCUACACUCGCCACAAGCCCUGAACACUGCUACCCAGCUCAGUUCGGACAGUUUACCGGAUUUGUCCAAGAAGCGCAGAAAGCAGUCCAUGCCCAGCCGCAUCUCCGGAAAUGGCGUAGAAGGAGAAGACGGUACCGGCCCUGCCGAAUCUACCGAAGCCGAUCCUCAAGAGACGGAAGAUACCGAAGAACCCGUCACGGAUGACAUCGCAUCGAUCGCGGAAGCUCUCGCCGAGCAGCAGAACAACUUCCAGAAGAUAUUCCUGUCGAAUCUCAGUCAAUUACAGAAACAACACUUGCUUCAGCAUCGAGUGGAUCAACCGAUGGAAGACGGCAGCGUCGAAGAGCUCAAUCAAAGUGAAACACAGCCAACGAUUACGCUGAAAAAUCAGGAAAGCUUGCUAAGUCUACCUUUGGCUUUGAAAGAUUCGAAAGGCGACAAGGCAGAAAAUUCAGAUCAGAAUGGAUUACCUGAGGAACAUUCCCACAAAUCGAAUGGUAAUCAAACCAGCUUCGAUAGAAAUGAAAACGAAGUUAAAAAUGGAGACGACAGUGAUCGACUUGAACCCGUUGUGUCAAUCGAAAAUCAAGAAAAACUUGAUGAAAAUGCAAUCAAUGGCGAACAGCACCGUGUUUUUGCAGGACUCACUCUCAAGAAAGAGUUGAUGCAGGAUGCUGAAUGGGAUGGUGAAAUCCGCAGCUCUUCGAUCCCAAACAUUACCAAACCUGACGAUUGGUUAUCCAUACCUGGACUACCGUUCCCAUUUCCACCGGAAGCGGCCGCAGCACUGUCAGCAUCGGGAUAUCUCCCUCAAUUGCCGUUGCUGGGAUUACCCUCGGCCUCGUCCUUCAACGCUGGCGACAACGGCAAUCGACCAAAUUUACCACCACUCAAAAUUUUCAACCCGGAGGCAUACUGUGAGCUGUGCAACAAGGAGUUUUGUAACAAGUACUUCCUCAAGACGCACAAAGCUAACAAGCACGGCAUCUACGAACCCCAAAGCGGCGCAAACGAAUCUCUACCCAAUCUCGGUUCGUUUAAUCCGUUCAGUCAGCUAUCGCAGGUGUUCCAAAUGCAACAACAGCAAGCUGCCCUGCAGGAACAGCAAGAUAGAUCCAACCAAAACAACCAUAAUCAAAUCCCGAACAACGACUCCAUCGGACAACAGCAACCACUUGCACGGCCAACAACCUCCCCGAAGCUGCCAAUGAACCCCAUUCAACCAACAGUCUUCUGUGACAUUUGCUGCAAGAAAUUCAGCAGCCUCAGUGCAAUGCGCAAGCAUCGAAGCAAAGCCCACGAAGUUUCCCAUAACCAACAGCAGCAACAGCAACAACAACAGCCACAGUUUCAGCUGCAGCAGCACUUGCAACAAGCUCCACAGUCGGUUGAUCAAAGACCAGAGAACUUAUCGCCAUCGGAUGUUGGACGUACGACACCCAGUGUGCCACAGUUCAGAAUCCCAGAAGGGUUCCGAGAGGAUUAUUCCAUUGAACAGGAAGAUGCGUCAUUCACACCUCAACCUCGAAAACUGUCUCCUGCAUCUAUUCAAGCUGCUCGGGAGGCUAAUUUUUCCGCCGACAAGUUGAAACGGUUGGGAGUGAUGAAUCCGGAAGCAUUCUGUGAAAUUUGUUGCAAGGAAUAUUGCAACAAAUACUUCCUUCGUACUCACAAGCUGAAGAGGCACGGUAUCUUUUUGCCACCUGAUGAAAUUAAGGAAGAACGCAAUCCAUGGAGCCUCGUUCAAACAAGCCCCCUAAAUUUGAUUGUCGGAGGUGCUGACGUGCCCGGAUUCCCACCACCGUUGAAGAAGCUGUCGGAUGCUUCCAACCAUGAUUUGUCGAGAGCCGUUGCAUUGAAGGAAGAACUGUUCAAGAGUGUCAACACCAACGGAGAUGGUGAAAGAAACGAGGAAGAAAGUGACGAUAAACAGGGAAUGUCGAGCGCCGAACAAGAAGCAGAAGCCAUAAGCGUUGACCUGCAGAAGCUGCAAUCGAUGAUAAUGCAAUUGAACGACUUGAACAAUCAACGCAAGAUGACGUGCGGCAUCUGUGGUAAAGAGAUGGAGAACCAGUACUUGCUACAUGCCCACAUGAUCCAGGAACACAAUAACAUGAAUGAGAACAACAAUGGAAUGAAGUCACCGUUGGGUUCAACCCCCAUGCCGUCAUCACCGAGCGAGUACGAAGUGUGCAAGCAGUGUGACAAAGAAUUUUCGAAUGCAUUUGUGCUGAAGCAACACUUGAUUGAAGCCCACGGAGCGCAGAACGUGAGCCCAAAACGGGAGGGAUUCAUUACGCCGGAACGUCCAACGACAGCACCCAACAUGAACAUGCCCGCUGGGCCUGGUUACGGCGAUAGGAAGCCUACAUUUUCAAUGACCCCAACGAGCAGCUACUGCGAGAUUUGCAACAAGGAGUUGUGCAAUAAGUACUUUAUGAAAACGCAUAUGCAAAGGAUGCACGGAAUCGAAAUUGAAAACGGUGCUCAAAUUGGAGGAGUUGUAUGCAACAUUUGCAACAAAGAGUUGUGCAGCAAGUACUUCCUACGAGUUCACAAGCACAAUACCCAUGGUAUAGUCGAGGAGGGUGCUCCCCUGCCACAGCCACGUAACAAUGGAGAUUCAGGUGACAACUCUGAACUGGCAUUUUCUGCCGAGGGUUUGUUGAAACCCGGUGAAAUCUCGGACUUGAGCAACAGAUAUUAUUCGCACUUUACCGAAGUGUGUCCACUGUGCAGUCGGAGAUUCCGAAGCGCCAAGUGGCUAAGGGCUCACUUGUUAAGUGACCACGGAAAGAUGGGGGUUGAUAAGCUUCGCGAACUGGAGCUCAAGCUGGGAAGCGGCAGUAAGUCGAAUAGUCCGUCGCUUAAAAUCCCAAAUGGUUCUUUGGGCCUAUCGACUCCGGAACAAAAGUUCAAUCCAAAAGUUCCGUUUGGUUUCGGCUCACCCGAUGGUAAAUUUUUGUUGAAGAAUCCCUUCUCUGGAUUGUUUGGAGUAGAUCCAACAAACUCGAAUGUUGGCCCAAAUGGCUAUCAAUGCUCAUACUGUCCGUUCGCAACACCUCUGCUUCCACUUCUGUUCAUCCAUGAAAGAACUCACACCAACUUGAACAUGAUGCAGCAACAGUUAAUGCAAGAAGAGGAACAGAAACAACACGUCGAACUGUCUCCUAUCCAGCUUCCGAUCAUCAAAUCAGAAUCCGCAGCUGCACCAGCUAAGGAGGCUAACCGUUUCCCUGUUCCUAUUUCGGUACCAACAUCCGAGACUCCGUCGCUGACUCCGGCCUCAACACCAGUACCGGCAGCACCUCAGGAAUCUACAGCUCAACAAGCGUCUCCCCAAUCACAGAAUGCUCCAGCCCAGCCAACAUUCGAGCGUGAAUCUCCGAAUCAACCGGAGUUUCCCAAAUCUCCAGCAUUGAAAUCCGAUCACAACGUGCUUCUGUCGGAAAUGGCCAAUCUGACCCAGCGUCCAGCUGUGUACGCUUUACCACAGCAGAGCGGCCCCUUGCUGAUGCAGUCCUUCCUGCUUGAGGAAUCUGCCCGUGCGUCGCCCAAGAAUGGAGAGGACCACUCUUCGCUUGCCAACAGGUUUGUACCAGCUGUUGUUUUUCUACCUGUGAAGGAGCGAAUCCUUUCACCGAUGACAAUAUCGUUCACGCUUAGCCCUGCCUAGGGAAGGGGUUCCCUUCGAACAAAGGCAGCCUAACACGGGCUGCUGUUUGCUGAAAAGUUAUUCAGUUUCAUUUCAUUCAGUACAAACAGAAAGAACCGAGAAGCAUCUGCAUGAGCCAUCGCUCGGUUCUAAAAAAAGGAAAAAAAAGUCUAAUUGUAACGAGAAGUAAAGAAAAUCCGCAAAUACGUACACAUUAAUCCGAGAUGCUAGUGAAAACAAGGUAAAGAAAGAACACAUUAAUUCUACUUUAGGAGAAGAAAUAUAAGCGUAAAAGAGAGAGAAAAAUCAAAAUGUAUAAAUAUUUGAUCGCUGUAGAUGUAUCUUUGUGUAGUGUCCAUUGGAAAAGAGAACAUGAACGGGAGGAUUCCAGAAGCAGUUACAAAUUGCAUUGAGAUGACGAUUGUGAGAGCUACUGGAAGAGUAGGCCCUUUCAGUUUAAUCCUGUUCUGUUUCGCUCCUUUAAAGUGUAUCCCGUAUGUGGGUGAGUGAAUGAAUGUUGAUGAAGG